AUGUCCUCUCGAUCGCUAAUUAUAUUAUUAGCAAAAGGCAGGGACUGCGCUGAACUGUACCAGGAUGGAGCUAAAGUGAGCGGUGUAUACACCAUUACGCCCUCUAACGGUACUUCUUUCGGCGUCUACUGCGACAUGGAAACGGACGGCGGAGGAUGGACGGUGUUCCAAAGACGCAUGGACGGCACUGUUAACUUCUUCCGCGGCUGGGAGGCAUAUAAACAUGGGUUUGGAAAUCUCAACACAGAAUUCUGGCUCGGCAAUGAAUACCUGUACCAAAUGACAAACGCAAGACGCUACGAACUCCGUGUUGAUAUGGAAGACGUUGCAGGGAACAAAGCUUACGCCCAGUACGACUACUUUGCCAUCGGAUCCGAGAAGGAAAACUACAAGUUAGUAGUGGGUGUCUACAAGGGAACUGCAGGCGACUCGUUAUCGAGCCAUAAUGGAUACGCCUUCACAACGAAAGACAAAGAUAAUGAUAAAUAUUCCUCAAACUGUGCCGUCCGGUAUAAAGGCGCCUGGUGGUAUAAGGCUUGCCAUGCGUCCAAUCUGAACGGUCUGUACCACCUUGGAGCUCAUAGCUACUCUGCUGACGGCGUAAACUGGUACGCAUUUAAAGGCCACAACUACUCCUUGAAAAAAGUCAACAUGAAAGUUCGCCCAGUUGACUUCAAGUCAGCUACUACUUUCAUCGGUUGAUUUUUUAAAUUUAAUUAUUUGGUAUAAGUGUCCCAUUCUGUAU